CAAAGAUGAAAUAUAGAGGGCGACCUUUCAAUGCACAUAAUUUGCCAAACGACGCUACCGCCUGAACGGAAAAUUGAUUAUGGCCACGAAUUUGCUUGGAGAUGGAGACCAUGAAGAUUUCAUGGACUUCCAAGAAGAAGAAUUAGCAGGAUCAAGUUCAAAUCUAGCAGACCGCAAGUUUGAUGCAAUCAUUGGUCAUGUUGAAGAUAUUAUUAUGGAGGAUGGCUUCCACAGUCUAAAAGAUGACUUUAUGGAGAAGCAUUAUGGUGUCUUUGAAGAUACAGAGGAGAACAAAUUUGAAUAUACAGACUUAUUUAAUCAAUAUACAAAACUGAUAGAGAAGUACAUUGAAGAACAAUUGACAGCUAGGAUACCGGCCUUCUGUAUGGAAGAGUUUCUAAAGCAAUUAACGAAAAGGAAAGACAACUUGGAAGGGGAAAUCUUUGAGAUCCUCUACACAUUCAGUGACUUCUUAGCAUUCAAAGAACUUAUGCUGGAUUACAAAGCAGAUAAGGAAGGAACAUGUAUUGACAUGGGUGAUGGUCUCAUAGUAACUCCAUUCACAAUCAACAACACCAAGACACCAUCAUCAUCAUUACCGUCAUCGGGGUCGACAACGACGUCGACAUCGCAAGGAGGGUCUUCGGAAUCCAAAGGCUCAUCAUAACAGGUUCAGGUUUUUAGUCCAGUUGGAGUUAAGCAGUACCACUGUUACUUUUAUAGUUCUAUCAUAGGUAUUCAGUACUUCUGUAAGUCGGAAUUUUUGUGUGAUGGAGGGUGUUGUCGUCGUGUGAGGAGCAUUGAGUAGAAAUGUAUUUAUUUGUUUGUUUGUACUUAUGCUGAAGAAUAGGGCUCCCUCUUCCAGAGCGUGGUUGAUUCGAAUUAUUCUCAAACAAUGAAAGCAAGCAGUGCUUAUUUUUAGAAAGAAUCAACCUUUCUAUAUAUGUCACACUCCCAUUAAUUCAUGAACUGCUCAAGCUGACAUGAUAUUAGCCCACUGCAACUUCCAUGAAGUAGAAAGCAUAAAAUCAUUCAUGGAAGGUCACACAUGCAGGGGGUGAGACGUACAUAUUCAAUGAAGUUGCCGAUCUAGGAUAAAUGGUGACUUGGGCAAGUGUUCAAAUACCCCUCCUUCUCCAACACUUGUUGAGUGUUCAAACAUUUGAUUUAAAAAUUCAAACAUUUUGUAGAUAGCUCAGAAAAAAAUAUCUUUUAAAAGUGCUGCAGUUAAUUAAUGGUGGCCAUCACGCAUUGUCUCCAAUCCAUUUUAUUCUAAUUCCUGUAGAGAUUUUUUUUGUAUCCAGUUAAGGUAUCAGUCUAUAAAGAUUUUCUAUUCUGAGCUGUUCUGCUUUUGGAAAAUUUGAAAUACAUGAUUGUAACAGCAAACUGAAGAUUUAUUGCAUCACUGGCUUUCCAUAGUUGAUGUUGAAUCAAUCAAUCCUAGGUCUUUGUAAGAAAAGACUCGAGAAUCUGUUUUCAAGCAAAAUUUGGUAGUUAUUAUUUCUACUGAUACAUCAGAAUCACAAAUAAAAGUGAUAUAUGUCCAUGUUGUUCACGGUCUUAACGUGGGGGUAUAUAUUUCAUGCUACUUUACAGGAAAGGGAUGGGGGAUGGGGCAAGAUGUUCAUUUAGUUUUUAAAGAAACUGCCAAAAUCAAACUUUUGCAUUAUUACAUUUAUGAUAUGAUUGAUAUCUAUGACACUAUUAAGAAUAGUAUAUGGAGUGUUAAAGUAGAAAGUGCUCUAAAAAACAUCUGUUUGUAGGUUCCAGCAUGUAAAAAAAAGUGAUUAAUGCAGAAAUCUGUUUGCCUCAGAACAAGCUAUAUUC